UUCGUUUUGAAUUCAAAUCUUAAAAAUCAUACAUUAUACCAUUGUGAAUAUUGAACAUAGUAUUACAAGAUCAACAUUACUUUCGAGCGUCUUUCGUCGGCAAGAAAUAGUAAAUAAAAGUCAGAGUUGGAGCCAGCAGACAUACUGCGUGUGACACAUCCAAAUAAUGCCGCACGCUGAUCUAGACAACAAAUGCCUGUUGAAAAUUGGUAGAAAGAUAGGGGACGACAUAGAAUCACUUGCUAUUGAGCUAGGACUAAGUAAUGCAGAUAUUGAAAACAUUAAACAGCAACAUGUUACUGGGAAUUUGGGAUUUCAGGUUUUGAAUAAGUGGAAACAACAACGAGGCGAACAUGAUGAUAACCCGGAGUUGCUUGCAAGUGCACUUAGAGAGAUAGGACGAGAGGAUCUCGCACAAGUUAUUGACCCUAAAAAGAAGGCUGGAAAAAGUACUGAAGACAAGAAGACAAGUCACACUGAAGGAAGUAAGGAACGUUGGAAGAAAACCGCUUUUCAAGAGACAACUGAUAAAUAUCAACUGUUUUCUACUACACGAAUUGGGAUCAUAGUCGCGGUAAUAGUGGUCGUUGUAUCUGUAGCAGUAGGGAUGCGAGGAGGAGUCAGGGUAUCAGACGUUGUCUCAUUUGGCAACGGUGACGGCGGAACUACACGAGAGGGAAGUCCAGUAAAUGGAAGAAUAAAUGGCGAUGAUCCUCUAGAUCUUGUUUUAUUGGAGAGGAUUGGGAAAAAGAUAGGAAGCAAUGUGCAGUCCCUUGCAGUUCAUCUCGGGCAAAGCAGCAAUUUCGAGGACAUAAAAGCAGGCGAUCCACAUAAUGCGGGGAAUUGGGGAUACAAGAUACUAAAGUCAUGGCAGCAAGCAACGGAGGUUCCUAACCAAAAGAAGGCACUUAAAAAGAUACUAUGA